AUGACUCUUCAAAGAAAGAAGCAAUCUGACGUUCUGCGUUUCUUGCUCCGUGUCAGAUGUUGGGAAUACAGACAGAAGUCUGUCAUCCACCGUGCCACCAGACCAUCCAGACCAGACAAGGCCAGAAGAUUGGGUUACAAGGCCAAGCAGGGAUUUGCCAUCUUCCGUGUCCGUGUCAGAAGAGGUAACAGAAAGAGACCUGUUCCAAAGGGUGCUACUUACGGUAAGCCAACCAACCAGGGUGUUUCCCAGCUCAAGUACCAAAAGUCCUUGCAGACCACUGCCGAGGAGAGAGUCGGAAGAAGAGCUGCCAACUUGAGAGUCUUGAACUCUUACUGGAUCAACCAGGACUCCACCUACAAGUACUUUGAGGUUAUCUUGAUCGACCCACAACACAAGGCUAUCAGACGUGACGCCCGUUACAACUGGAUCGCCAACCCAGUCCACAAGCACCGUGAAGCCAGAGGUCUCACUUCCUCCGGAAAGAAGUCCAGAGGUAUCAACAAGGGUCACUUGUUCAACAAGACCAAGGCUGGUCGUCGUCACACCUGGAAGAAGCACAACACUUUGUCCUUGUGGCGUUACAGAUCCUAA